UCUAAACAAGACAAAACACAACGCAGACAGAAAACCAAAGACAGAUCUAGACAAGACACAACGCAGACAGAAAACCAAAGACAGAUCUAGACAAGACAAAACACAACACAGACAGAUCGUGACACAUACGUUGAAGUGCUGAAAUCCAGUGGCCUUUCAGAGGAAAACAGCGACGACUUCAAUCAAAAGCAUUUCACCGGAUGAAUGUGACUAACGUGUGACGACAUGACUGACAAGUGUAUCAGGCUGCUGCGUUUUUAAGAAACAGGAAAUAUGCCGCUGCUAAAGGCUUGAGGGUUUGCAAGCAUAUCGUGCUCACAAAGGCUGAUGCCCCUUCAAAGGCAUGGUAUAACUGGGACAUCACUGUGCUUUGAGCAGUCUCACCAUGAAGGGCUCCAGCUCCAGAUUGGCCUUCUCCCUGGGCUUCCUGGUGGGGGCCUGCAGCAUCUACUUUUUCCUACGCCAGGUGUGGUUUGAGAGGAGUUACCCGGUGCUGACAGAGGCCCAGGAAAGAGCCACAGCGGUGUCGGAGAGCCCAACCAGCUGGAGGAAGGAAGGAGCUGCUCUCAUCAACCUGCUCCAACCUCACCAUGCAGAUGAAGACAGCCGACUGGCAGAUGUGUUGUACCAGAAGGUACGCGUUCUUUGUUGGGUGAUGACAGGGCCGUACAACCUGCAGAGCCGGGCCCGCCAUGUGAGGGCCACCUGGAGUCGCCACUGCAACGUGGUGGUGUUCAUGAGCUCUGUGGAGGACCCAGACUUCCCCACUGUGGGCCUGGGCACUAAGGAGGGCCGUGACCAGCUCUACUGGAAGACCAUUCGAGCUUUUCAUUAUGUCUACGAGCACCAUGCGAGUGAAGCAGAUUGGUUCUUAAAGGCAGACGAUGACACCUUCGUUGUGGUGGACAACCUGCGCUGGAUCCUGUCGAACCACACCCCUGAAGAGCCCAUCUACUUCGGCAAACGCUUCAAGCCUUACACAAAGCAAGGUUACAUGAGCGGAGGGGCUGGCUACGUGCUGAGCAAAGAGGCCCUCAAGAGAUUUGUGGAAGGCUUUCGGACCAAGGUUUGCACACACACCACCCCUGUAGAGGACUUGGCGCUGGGGCAGUGCUUGGAGAAGAUGGGCGUUCAGGCAGGGGACUCCAGAGACACUCUACAUCGAGAAACUUUCCACCCGUUUGUGCCAGAGCACCAUCUAACUGGCAAAUUCUCAAAGAGCUUCUGGUACUGGAGCUAUUGUUACUACCCGAUUGUUGAGGGUCCGCAGUGCUGCUCUGACCUGGCAGUGUCUUUCCAUUAUGUAGAAGCAGAGCUGAUGUACACUCUGGAGUAUUACACCUAUCACCUGAGAGCGUUCGGCUACCGGCCGCGCUACCGGCCCUCCGUACGCCAGGGUCUGACCCCCGGCCCACUCUCACAGACAGUCGUGACGGCAGGACUUAAAGCGGUUCAGGAGGUGACAGAUGGAAGGGCUCACACAACUUCAGCCUCCUCGCUCGGUGGAAACAAAACUAAAUCAGAGACUGAGCCAGAGAAACUUAGGAAAGACGAUUUAAACUCUGGCGUCACAGAGAACCGGACUGGAGUCACUCAGGGCUGAUUCUGUGUUCGAGCCGGGGAUGAUUUCCCUGCACAGUAUGUUGGCCAAUGUUUUCUUCUGACCGCUCUUCCUUGAUCCAAUCGCAGUGUUUUUCCAGUCAGUAUGACACUGUGAGCCCUCACAGUGAGAGUGCUUAAUAUUUGAAUAUGAUUUAGUUGCAGCUCCUAUGCGUUGACUGUUUAACCAAGAUAAACUUUUGGGUUUAUUGCGCUUUAAAUAGUCAUUUUAGUUAAUUAACUUAUGAUGUCACAAAGUCUUAAAUAUGUGUUGAAAGUAAUACAAGAAGAGGCGCAUAGAAUAUUAUUUUACCUAAUAGUCAAUAAUACAGCAACGCAUUUUUUUAAUAUAUAUUUUAAAUGUUUUUUUAAUUUUGUUUUUUAAAUGGACAGCAGCGACAAAUGGCAGUGUGCUACUUUUCUUUACAUUGUAUUUGCUUUUAUUGUGUUAUAUCUGAUGUUCUCUGUACAUAUCUGAUUAAAAUGUUUAAUUUCAAAUUAAAUCCAGAUUACAACAUGUA